AACUACUAGAAUAGGUAUAUAUCUCACUAACCUUGUGAUUAGCAGAUUUAUUUUUUAACGAUAAGAUUGAUUCUCUUAGGUUUUAGGAGAAACAAGACCAUCGCCUAAAUUCGGUCCGUGCCAAGAUAUAGCACCGUCCAAAGUUAUACAAGCACAAAGUACCUACAAAUCAGGUGAAAUGAUACCCCUUAUCGAAGUCUCGCUAUCGUGGCUUUUUAAGAACGCAAAGGGCCACGAUGCGAAAAGCUUCUUCAAGGGACCCGCCUUCUCCGACUUUCAGGAGAAGCAGGAGAUCACCGUCACGGCGCCGGAAUGCGGCCCCACUAACUCGGUGCUCGGCGUUGAAUACACGCACGACGGAGCAGGCAAGUUCCCUGCUUUGCGGUGGGAAGCGCCCUCGCAUAUCGCAGACCAAGUGAAAGAGUGGUUACUAGUUUCGGAGGAUCCAGAUGCGCCUUUGCCAACGCCUAUCUGCCACGGUAUCUACGGGGGUAUCCCGUCUUCGAAGACAAGCGUUGAGCCUGCCGACUUCGAAGUUGAGGAUCCGAGCAAGGCGCUUCUUAAAGGCGGGUUCCAUUACGGACGGUCGAGAAACGGUAGCGUUUACAUUGCGCCUCGGCCACUAUUGAAUCACGGACCGCAUAGAUAUUUCUUCGAGGUUAUAGCAUUAAAAGAACCGUUAGAUCCUAGCUUGUUAACUGCGACAACGACAAGAGAGCAGAUCAAUAAGGCUAUCAUAGGGAAUAUUCUAGGAUGGGGAAUGUGGGUAGGAAUCGCGGAAAGAAGAUGGGGAUAGACCGUAGAGAAGACAUUUUCCCUCUUUCAGUUUAAUUGAUAAUGCUAUAAAUUUUAAACUCGCUCAUAUAAGUCACCUUAAGAUAUAUAUGAGACUCGACUGCGUACUUUCAAAUAUGAUGUAUGUAGCUGACAAGAUGUAAGAAG